UCCAAGCCGUGGCCCCUGGACUGUCAAUCACCCGGAGAGAAGCGCGAGCCUGUCACCGGGGAGACCGGCAGCAGAGCUGUCAGCGCUUGCCCGGACUCCGCCGUGCUGCUGCUUUCAAUAUUCCUUGUCUGCAACUCAGGCACAUCCCUGUCAUGGAUUGGUGGAGAUAAGAUCAGAGGCGCUGAAAUGUAAAUGCUGCGGCUUUUUUGAUACAUGUUGUUUUCUGGUGUUGGCGAGCUGAGAAGGGUUUCGGUUGGUGGCAGCAGUUCCGUACACGGGAGGGACUGUCACUUACUAUUGUAGCGGGAGGUUUGCAACACAUAUUUUUGAUCUUGUUUUUUUCUCACAGUUUUGAAAAAAAAGAUUUAUGCCAUGCAUAACGCAGACAAUCGGGGUUUUCUAAUUUAAAGAGUUGAAAGUGUACCUUUUUUUUAAGGGGGCGUUCUUUUUUUGUAAGUUGUUUUAAUUUUGAAGCCAUGGCGGAAGGAAAGGCGGAACGUGGUGUCCCGUCUCUUGUGCCUUCAUGUUCUGCUUCGCCCUCCUCGGCCAAAAAGGAGGGAGUUGAAGCAGUCUCAAACGGGGACUGUGUGGGAGAGGAGCCGAUUGUUGCAGCGGCGGGAGCCCUGCCAUCCAGUCCCGGAGCUGAGACGUUCACACCUUCACCAGCAUCAGCCUCAUCCCAGGAUGGAAAAGCGGGCAUCCCUCGCAGGAGCAGCAUCAUCAAGGAUGGCACCAGACAACGAAAGGAGAGAAAGAAAACAGUCUCCUUCAGCAGCAUGCCAACUGAAAAGAAGAUCAGUAGUGCCAGUGAUUGUAUCAAUUCAAUGAUUGAAGGCUCUGAACUUAAAAAAAUUCGCUCAAAUUCCAGAGUCUAUCACCGCUAUUUUCUUUUGGAUGCAGAUAUGCAAUCUCUUCGAUGGGAUCCUUCAAAGAAAGAAUCAGAUAAAGCAAAAAUUGACAUAACUUCAAUCAAAGAAGUUCGAACAGGAAAAAAUACAGAAAUGUUUCGCACCAAUACUAUUUAUGAUCAUAUUUCAGAAGACAGUGCAUUUUCAAUAAUUUAUGGAGAAAACUAUGAGACAUUAGACCUUGUAGCCAAUUCUGCAGAUGUAGCAAAUAUUUGGGUUACAGGCCUACGGUAUCUGAUCUCCUAUGGGAAACACACAUUAGACAUGAUAGAGAGCAGUCACAAUAACAUGCGGACAUCAUGGCUUUCAAGUGUUUUUGCUGCAGCUGAUACAAAAGGUGUAGGACAUAUACCAUUUAACAAAGCUGUACAGCUUGUUAAGAAUCUGAACUCGGGACUGAAAAAUGCCAAAAUCGAAUUGAAGUUCAAAGAAUUGCACAAAGCAAAAGAAAAGGUAGGAAGUGAUGUUAUCAAAGAGGAACUUAUAGAAGUUUAUCAUGAGCUUUGCACAAGACCAGAAAUAUAUUUUUUGUUAGUCCAAUUCUCAAGCAAUAAAGAAUUUCUAGAUUCCAAGGACCUGAUGAUGUUUUUGGAAGCUGAGCAGGGAAUGCCACAUGUUACAGAACAAGUGAGCAUGAACAUCAUUCAGAAAUAUGAGCCAUCAACAGAAGGACAGGAAAGAGGUUGGCUUUCCUUGGAUGGUUUUACCAAGUACCUCAUUUCACCUGAAUGCCAUAUAUUUGAUCCAGAGCACAAGAAAGUUUGUCAGGACAUGACACAACCAGUGUCUCAUUAUUACAUAAAUGCAUCACACAACACCUACUUGAUUGAGGAUCAGUUCCAAGGCCCCUCAGAUAUCACAGGAUACAUUCGUGCUCUGAAAAUGGGAUGCCGAAGUAUUGAGGUGGAUGCAUGGGAUGGUGCCGACAAUGAACCAGUCAUCUAUACAGGUCAUACUAUGACAUCACAGAUAGUCUUCCGCCAGGUCAUUGACGUAAUUAACAAAUAUGCUUUUGUUGCAUCAGAAUACCCUUUGAUUUUGUGUUUAGAAAAUCACUGUUCAUUAAAACAGCAGAAGGUGAUGAUUCAACAUAUGAAACAAACUUUUGGAGACAAACUGUACACAAAACCCCCCUCUGUUGAUGACAGUUACCUACCUUCCCCCGAAGCCCUUAAGAAGAAAAUUUUGCUAAAGGCAAAAAAACUGCCGGUAAAUUUCACCGGCGCUGCAGGUGAUAUUACAGAUGAAGAUGAAGGUGCAGAAAUGGCAAAAAGGGAGUCAAAUGAGAAUAUGGACCAACAGAAUGUACUUCCAAACAGAAAAUUUAAGCUUUGCAAAGAACUUUCAGACAUGGUGACUCUUUGUAAAUCUGUACUGUUUAAAGACUUUACAGACUCACUUCAAAAUCAGAAAUUUUGGGAAUUCUGCUCAUUCAAUGAAGUAACUGCCACUAAACUUGCCAACGAAUACCCAAAGGACUUUGUAAAUUAUAAUAAGCGUUUCCUGGCCAGAAUAUAUCCAAAUCCAAUGAGAAUAGAUUCGAGCAACAUGAAUCCUCAGGACUUUUGGAAAUGUGGCUGCCAAGUAGUGGCAAUGAAUUACCAGACGCCUGGUCUAAUGAUGGACCUUAACAUUGGUUGGUUCCGUCAGAAUGGCAAUUGUGGGUACGUGCUUCGUCCUGCCAUUAUGAGAGAAGAAGUUUCUUAUUUCAGUGCCAAUACUAAAGAUUCAGUGCCAGGUGUUUCUCCUCAACUCCUCCACAUCAAAAUCAUUAGUGGCCAAAAUUUUCCAAAGCCUAAAGGCUCGGGUUCUAAAGGUGACGUAGUAGAUCCCUACGUGUAUGUUGAGAUCCAUGGAAUACCUGCAGACUGUGCUGAACAAAGAACUAAAACAGUUAACCAAAAUGGAGAGAACCCCAUUUUUGAUGAGAGUUUUGAAUUCCAGAUUAACCUCCCCGAGUUGGCGAUGGUGCGAUUUGUGGUUCUAGAUGAUGACUACAUUGGAGAUGAGUUUAUUGCUCAGUACACAAUUCCUUUUGAAUGCUUACAACCAGGAUACAGACAUGUGCCACUUCAGUCGCUGACGGGUGAAACUCUACCAUAUGCCUCAUUAUUCGUACAUGUGGCAAUCACUAACAGGAGAGGUGGAGGAAAACCUCACAAACGUGGCCUUUCUGUGAGAAAAGCUAAAAGGUCAAGAGAGUAUGCUAGCAUGAGAACAAUCUUGAUAAAAUCUAUAGAUGAAAUAUUCAAGACUGUUGUUCAACAAUUAAAGGAAGCAACUGAUCUUCGAGAAAAUGUACAGAGUGCAAUAGUUUCUUUCAAGGAAAUAUGUGGCCUCUCCCCAGUUUCUAAUCUAAUACAAUGCUUUAUGGCAUUGUCAGCAUUUCUGAACAGUGAUAAUAUACCUAUUGUCGUAUUGAACCUAAAAGACGAUUACCCUUCAAUGGAGCCACAAGGAGUGAUCCCAGAAUUCCUGAAGAAAGUCGUUACUGCAUAUGAUGUUAUGAUCCAGACAACGAAAACUUUGUUAGAAAAUGGUGAUGGAGUGUGUGAAAAAUUAAUGCAGUGUCAAAGAGCAGCAAUGGAAUUCCACGAAAAUCUGAACAAUAUUGGAGUCAAAGAAGGCCUGAAAGGAAGAAAACUGCAUAAGGCUGUUGAGAAUUUUACUUGGAACAUCACUAUUCUUAAGGGACAAGCUGAUCUAUUGAAACAUGCUAAAAUUGAAGCAUUGGACAACCUGAAGCAAAUCCAUUAUGCUGCCAUAUCUUGUGGUUUGAACAAACCAGGCACUGGAAAUACAGAACCAGCCAAGACAAGACGGAGCCUAGAGGCAAUACCUGAAAAAGAAAGUGUUGAAACUGGAGCUGGAGAUCAAGUUACUCAAUUUCACCAGGAUACAACCACUCAAAAAUCUCUCAAAGCUGCCAAAUGAAUACAUCCAAUAUAGAACAUUUGGAUUGCACUUCAAAGCCUUCUUGGUUGGUUGGUUUUAGUACUUUGUAAAUACUAAGGCACAAUUCUGAAGGCUCAGAAAAAUGUGACAAAUGGAACUAUGAAUGUAACACUUCUCCAAGUGAAAGUAUACUACUAGCAGUGGAAGUAUACUGCUUCAAAGAAGUAGUGGACUUGCCAUUAAAUGUUUGUCUGCCAAAUUAAUAUGUAUAUAUGAUGUCACAAAGAAUUAGUUGAAAUGUAACUUUUUUCUAGUAAUUUAUGCUGCCGUUUUACAUUCUUUUUGUAAAUGUUACAUUUCUCCAGAUACUUAAAAUUCAUUUCUUUGUUUGAAAAAUAGUUAUACAGAUGAAUAUGUAAAAUAUAUAUAAAUACAAUGAGGUGUAUGUCAUUAUGCUACCCAAACAUUGUAAAGCUUGUUGAGCCAUAAAUGGAAACAUGUAUUAUUGAUUAUGGUCACUGAAGCUUCAGUGCACUUUAUGAAGACCAUUAAUCAAGGGAAAGCUGGAAAAGUUUUGCUGUGAAAUCUGUUCCUUCAGCGAUAGUUGUUAAUGUCAAAAAAAAAUUGAAGUCCUUGUACCCACCUUCUGGUGACCAAAUAGGCAGCAGCUUUUAGCAAGUUGUUGUAUAUAGUUUCUAUUUUGUGAAGUGUAACUAGAAAAGUUAGGCUCAUUAAUUUCCACAAGGGAGGAUUUCUAUGCCAGUAAUGUUGGUAAUACACAGGAUUGCCAGCCACCAUGAUCUUGUUUAAUGAUUCAGUGGGAUGGAAGAGUGAAUUUCUUUUUUACCUCCUUUUCUUUUCUAGCCCAUAAUCACCAACAAAAGUACAGAGUCAAUAAAUUGUAAACAACAUUGCCGGUGUUGUUGACCCUGAACCAAUUAAACUGGUUGGUUUACAUUUUUUCUUAAAGUCCAUUUGAAGCCCAUAAGAGUUCAUGGUCUAGUUUGAAAAAAACAGCAUAUGUUUAGCCACAGACUUUUCUCAGAUUCCUGAUUUAUAUUUUGACUUUAUUGAAUCAUAAUUUGUGCUUAUUCUGUCGCUAAAUUUUAAAAGAACUUUUGCACAAUCCACUGUUGUAAACUAUCCAGAAAUGAGUGCAAGAACAUAACAUAGAUCCCAAAAUAGACGCAGAACACAGUGUUCCUAAAAGCCUGAAUCAAAUAUUGUUUCAAAUCUUCCAUAGACUUUUUUAGAUCUUGCCCUCCCUGGCAUUCUAGGCAUUUGGUUUUACAAAUUCAUUAACAUCUGCGUAAAGUAGUUAAAUGUAAAUGGUCUAUGUAACGAUCCUCUCUUCUGCCCCCCACACUACCGUAAGUUUUCUGCUCUAACCAAUUAUAAGCUCUUAAACCAUUUCUUGUAGUGAAAGGGAUAAUUUUUAUGUUCUUGCCCGUCAUUAAAAUUUAUUUUAACCUGAUGUAAGAGGAAAGAAUGUGGAAUCAAUUGUGUAUAUAGUUCUCUCUGUCCAACCUUCAUGAAAGCAUUGGUAGGAUUUUUUUUUCCUUUAUGUUAAAGAGAAUGUACAGAAAAUCUGCCCUACAAUGUCAUAUUGCUAGGUUUCAAUUUAGUUUCACUUCCUUGCUUGCUUCAAAAUUCUGCAAAGUUUCGUCAUACUAUGGCAAACUGAAUUGUAAAUAAGUCCCUAGCAUGACAACACCAGUGCCUUGUACAUGCUCAUCACUUCAUGGCAAUCUCAACUUUAUUCAUCUAUACAUCCAUACCAAAAUCCAAUUUUAUUUGACAGCUGCACAGAUUGAAAUGUUCCAAUGAAUUAUUCCCCAAAAUCCACGUUACUCUACUGUGUUGUUUCCAAGCUAUUUAGUUUUUGCUCCCAUUGUUUAUUUCCCUCUCUAAUUUUAUUAUCUUGUUAUUAUCUACAUUAAAUGUAACUUGUCAUUUACCAGCUCUUCUUCCCAAUUUAAGAAGGUAAUGUUAUAGGUACAGUGAAAUAAACCACUGCAGGUGCUAGACAUCUGAAAUAUCAAGAAGUGCUCUAGAACUCAGCAGGUCUGAUAGUAUUUGUGUGGAGAGAAGCAGUUAAUAUUUCAAGUCAUAUAUGAUAUUUUUCCUUUACUUACAUUGUAGGACACUUUUGAUCCCACUCUCUAGUAUCCCACAAGUGAUUUUUUUUCUUCUGGGCCCGCACAGCUCCAUUCACAAGCUCUUACUCGUCUUUUCCGGUUUAACAAUUUUCAGUCCACCUUAGAAGUUAGUGCAAUGUAUGAAUUCCUCCCUACAAUGACAGCAUUAGCAGCCUAAUUAGGUAUGUUUUAAGCCUUAAUAACUAAUAAUUAUCUUGGUAUAACACAAUAGCACAUUUAAAAAUAAAAGAAGAAGGAUUACAUUUGUGUUGAACCCAGGGAAGCACAGAGGAUUAGACCGACCUUGAUGUGCAUGUCCCCAAGCCCGUUAAUGUAACAGGAUAGGUAAAUAAAGAUUAAGAAGGUCUGGAUGAUAUUUGCCCUUAUAGCGAGGCAUAGAGUUUGAGAACAGGGAGGUUGUGCUGGAACAGUAUAAAACAUUGGUUAGAUCACGGCUAAAGUCUUAUGUGCACCUCUGGAAUCCACAUUAAAGGAGGUUUGUGACUGCACUGGAGGAGAUGCAGAUCUGAAAAAAGGAUCACUGAAUGACCUAUCUAAUUCUGAGUGAUCACAUUGGAUCACCCUCCUGAUUAGAGGUUGAUGAGCUUCCCCACUCUUUUUUACGCAGGAAGUCAGACCUUUCUAAAGGAUUGAAUGUUUAACAUCCUGCAGUCUUAAUGCUGAAAUAUCCUUAGGAAGGGCUGGGUGGAGAAAAUUAAAUCAGAAUUAUCAGGGUGUUGCCUGGCCUGGAGAGUUUCAGUUAUGAAGAGAGACUGGACAGAAAUGGGUUGUUAGACUAAAGGAGAUUGAUAGGGAAUAUGAUUGAAAUGUAUGAAAUUAUGACCGGCAUAGAUAGGGUAGACAGGAAGAAACCUUUCCCCUUGGUAGAGGGGUAAUGACCGGGUAGCAUAGAUUUAAGGUAUGAGGUAGAAGGUUUAGAGGAGAUGUGAGGAUUUUUUUUUUACCCAAAACGUCUGGGAUUCUGGAAUUCACUGCUUGUGAGUGUGACAGAGGCAGAAAUCCUCAUAACUUUUGAGAAGUACUUAGAUGUGCACUUGCAAACUCAAGGCAUACAAAGCUAUGGGCCAAGGGCCAGAAAUUGGUCUAGAAUAGUUAGAUGAUUGUUUUGACCAGCACAGACUCAAUGGGCCAAGGGGCUUUUUUCUGUGCUGCACACCUAUAUGAUUGUGUGCAUUGAGAGAGGACUUUUGAUGAUCAUGCAAAGCAGUUUUCAGACAGUGAAGUGCUUUUGAGGUUUAGCCACUGUUGAAUUGUAGGGAAACUCAGCAAAUAAUUUGUACACAGUAGGUUAUCACAGAAAACAGUGAGAUGUAUUGACCAGUAAAACGUUUUACAAAUGCCACAUCAUGUUAACUGGGGUAUCAAGUUUUAAUAUGGAACUUCUAUGCCCACUAGAGAGGCUAAACGUGAUCUCAGUUUAAAAUUUCAUUUGGAAAACAGUACCUCUGACUGUGCAGCAUUCCUUUAACAUGUAAUAUAUUGAGAAAAACUUGAUAUUUCAACCUCGAAGAUAAUCAAGGAAAUAUAAUAAAUAUAGUUCCUCCAAACCUUGCUACUAUUUUGCCAUAACUAGUUAUUUUCACCUUUCUUGCACUCAUUACAAAAGUGUCACAUGUCAGGAUUUUGUAUGUCAUUCGUAACUAGAAUUGACCACCAUUCCCCCCAUCCCACAUGUCUGGGUCUUCUUGUGCAUUUGUUCCAUUCUCUCCUGCCGCGUACAAUGUGCUGCUGAUUCUGUAUCAGUACUGAAAACAGAUUUUAAUUUUAAAUAAGCUUUGAGAUCUCAAAUUUUAAAAAAUGUCAGAAAUUGACUUCAGCCCAAUGAAUCAAAUUAGAAUUGAAUCAUAAAAUCAUAGAAUUUUACAGAGCAGAAUAAAGCCACUCAACUUAUUGUGUCUGUGCCAGCUCCCGAAAAAGCUACGCAGCGAGUCCCACACUCCAGCCCAACUCCCAUCUCUGAUAAUUUGAAUUGAGAAGGUCAGGCGUUCAUUCCUUGAAACUACCUUCAAACUUGUUUUCUUCAACUCAUUGCAAAGUGUUAACUGGACCACAAACAACUCCCUUGUGAAGGUUGCCUGUGAUUCACAAUUCAGUCGCUCAGACAUGAUUUGUAAGAUAACCCUGCAGGAAGCUGAUUUGAUUCAUUCAAGGAAGAGGAAGUGUCAAACUUUUUAUAGAUUUGUAACAUGACUGGCUUUGAAAUUCAAAUGACAACUUGACUGAAUCACCCAAGAAAAGAUAAUAAAUUGUUUUAUAUUGCAAAUUUUAAGUUUCAUUUAUUCUCUCUUAAGAUGCGACUGCAGCAUCCAUUCAAAAUUCUGCAUUAUAAUCACCUGGUCCAAACAUUGUGCUUUCACUAAGCCCUUGAAUAAAAUGCUUUUCUUGAGUAGCAAAAUACAUCUCAUAAAAUACAACUAAUUCAGAGUGCUGUGGAAAAUUGAUCAGUUUUAAUCAAGUACCUUAUCUUGACUGACUUUGAACAUAAUGGAGAAUAUUUUCAGUUCCUGAAAAGUAUAAAAGAAAGCUGCUAUGUAAAUAAACCACAUUACACAGGAAGACUUUUGCAGUUGGUCAGCACGUCAAGGUUUAUGAAACACAAAUUAUUCUGUGAGAGGACAAAUAAAUGAAGGCAUCCAGCCAAAGUUUAGGAUUGAUUUUAAGAUUGAUGAAACCUUGAAAACUAAAUUUGUUCACCCUUUGCAGACCCAAUGUUAUUUGUAUGUUGCAAAAAUCAAAUGUAUAUAUUCAUCACAUGUAUACACAAAAAAACUUUAAAAAUUAGAAUUCCGGAUAUCACCAAAAUAAGACCAUUAUGAUGGCCAAUACUCUGAAUUUGGAAAACUGAGACAAUGUAAAUUGGUUUUGUUUUCCUACCAUGCAGAAAUAUUGCUGGUGUUCUCAAAGGAUUCAUUUUGGAAGGAAUGCUUGAUUUAGUCCUAUUCUACUAUUUGUUAUAUGAAGUCAGGAGCUUCCAUUUGUUCACCCCUCUCAGUAUCACUGAAUUUGUAACCAACAGAGCCGCUAAUGAUUUCUUACCCAAAGAUUAUUUCACUCGCUCUUUAUUUACUCAUGGGAACAACUGGAUUGUAAAACCAAAUGCCAGACUUUUGCUUAGAAAUGCAACAAUGUGAAAAAU